AUGGCCCGGUGGCUGCAGGUACUGUCGCCCUUCCUUCUGCCAUUGUUUCCCGGAGCUCUCCCCGAUCAGAUCCGCUACUCCAUUCCUGAGGAGCUGGCCAAGAACUCUAUGGUAGGAAACCUCGCCAAGGAUCUGGGCCUAGGUGUCCAGGAUCUGCCCACCCGGAAGCUGAGGGUCAGCGCAGAGAAGGAAUAUUUUAUUGUAAACCCAGAAAGCGGGGAUUUACUUGUGGGUGACAGGAUAGACAGAGAGCAGGUUUGCGGGAAACAGCCUCUGUGUGUUCUGGAAUUCGAUAUUGUCGCUGAGAAGCCAUUAAAUAUUUUCCAUGUAGCUGUAAUUCUUCAGGAUAUAAAUGACAACGCUCCUCAGUUCAAACAGAGUGAGGUAGAUUUAAACAUUGGAGAAUCCACCAGACCAGGCAAAGCAUUUCCACUGGAUCCAGCCCUCGACUCAGAUGCUGGUUCUAAUUCACUGCAAAAAUACUACCUCGGUGACAAUGAAUACUUUGAAGUCACAGAGAAAGAGAGCCCAGAUGGACGUAAGUAUCCUGAGUUGAUUCUAAAACGUUUUCUGGACAGAGAAGAGCAUAAUUUUCACCAGCUGGUCCUCACUGCUGUGGAUGGGGGGGAUCCUCCCCGAAGUGGCACUGCCCAGAUCCGAAUCCAAGUCACAGAUGUCAAUGAUAACCCUCCACUGUUCAGCCAGGAUGUGUACAGGGUCACCCUUCGGGAGGAUGUGCCACCAGGCUUCUCCGUGCUUCAGGUGACAGCCACCGACCAGGACGAGGGCAUCAAUGCAGAGAUCACUUACUCUUUUCACAAUGUGGAUGAACAAGUGGAGCAUUUUUUCAAUUUAGACAAGCAAACAGGGGAAAUCACAACAAAGGGUCGUUUGGAUUUUGAGACUGCUAAAAACUGGAAAAGAAGCGGCCAUAGAAACGACUGGCUCCCAGCUUCCUCCGCACUAAACAGAGACCAGACAAGCUCCUGGGGAAAGCAACCCAUCCCAACUUCCGCUCUCCUCGGCUUUAGAGAAAUAAGGAACUAGCGCGAGCUGCUCCUGCUUUUCAAUCUCCUGUGGUGCUUGUGGGGUUCCGAAGCUGGGCAGAUCCGCUACUCUAUUCCUGAGGAACUAGACAAAGGUUCCUUCGUGGGCAGCAUCUCCAAGGACCUGGGUCUGGAGCCCCGCCAGCUGGCGGAGCGCGGGGUCCGCAUCGUCUCCAGAGGUAGGUCGCAGCUUUUCUCCCUGUGCCCGCGAGGCGGCAGCUUGGUCACCGCGGGCAGGAUAGACCGGGAGGAGCUGUGCGCCCAGAGCGCGCCCUGUCUCGUCAGCUUUAACAUCUUGGUUGAAAACAAAAUGAAAAUUUAUGGAGUAGAAGUGGAAAUCCUUGAUAUUAAUGAUAACUUCCCCCGGUUCCGCGAUGAGGAGUUAAAAGUAAAAGUCAACGAAAACGCAGCUGCAGGAACACGGUUGGUGCUCCCCUUAGCGAGAGAUGGGGAUGUGGGUGUGAAUUCCCUCCAGAGUUACCAGCUCAGCUCCAACCCACUCUUCUCUCUGGAUGUGAAGAGCGGAUCUGACGGGCAAAAGCAUCCAGAGCUGGUGUUGGAACAGCCCCUGGACCGUGAGAAAGAGUCUGUUCACGACCUGAUCCUCACAGCCUUGGACGGCGGAAACCCAAUACAUUCUAGCACUGUCCAUAUCAGCGUGAUCGUCCUCGACGCAAACGAUAAUGCACCCCUGUUCACCCAAAGUGAAUACAGAGUGAGUGUUCCAGAGAACACGCCUGUGGGCGCUCGAAUCCUCACACUCACCGCCACGGAUGCCGACGAAGGAAUCAACGCGAAACUGACCUUCUCUUUUCGCAACGAGGAAGACAAAAUUUCCAAGACUUUCCAACUCGAUUCUAAUCUGGGGGAAAUCACAACUAUUCAAUCCCUGGACUAUGAAGAAUCCAGAUUCUAUCUCAUGGAGGUGGUAGCCCAAGACGGAGGCGCUCUUCUUGCCAGCGCUAAGGUGUUGGUCACAGUCCAGGACGUCAAUGACAAUGCCCCAGAAGUGAUACUCACCUCCCUCACCAGUUCCGUUUCUGAAGACUGCCUACCGGGAACCAUAAUUGCGCUCUUUAGCGUACAUGAUGCCGAUUCUGGGGAGAAUGGAGAGAUUUCAUGUUCCAUCCCCAGGGACUUGCCCUUCAAACUGGAGAAGUCAGUUGAUAAUUACUACCACCUAUUAACAACAAGAGCACUGGAUAGAGAAGAGACUUCGGAUUAUAACAUCACAGUGACCGUUACUGACCAUGGAACUCCUCCCCUGUCUACAGAAAACCACAUCUCUCUGAAAGUAGAAGACAUAAAUGACAACCCACCCACCUUCUCUCGCUCCUUUUAUUCCACUUCCAUCUCAGAAAAUAACCCCAGAGGUGUCUCCAUUUUUUCGGUGAUUGCCUAUGACGCUGACAGUGGUGAUAAUGCUCGGGUCACUUAUGCCCUGGCUGAAUAUACAUUUCAGGGAGCUCCUGUGUCCUCCUAUGUCUCCAUUAACUCUGACACUGGUGUCCUGUACGCAUUGCAGUCCUUUGACUACGAGCACUUGAGAGACCUGCAGCUACUGGUGACAGCUAAGGACAGCGGAAAUCCUCCACUCAGUAGCAAUGUGUCACUGAGCUUGUUCGUGCUGGACCAGAAUGACAACAUUCCUGAGAUCCUAUAUCCAGUUAUUCCUACUGAUGGUUCCACUGGUGUGGAACUCGUACCCCGCUCUGCAGAGCCUGGAUAUUUAGUAACCAAAGUAGUGGCAGUGGACAGAGACUCCGGACAGAACUCCUGGUUGUCCUACCGUCUGCUCAAGGCCAGUGAGCCAGGACUCUUCUCAAUUGGGCUUCACACAGGUGAGGUGUGCACAGCAAGGGCUCUAUUAGAUAGAGAUGCUCUCAAGCAGAGCCUGGUGGUGUCUGUCCAGGACCAUGGCCAGCCCCCUCUCUCAGCCACAGUCACACUCACUGUUGCUGUAGGGGACAGCAUCCCGGAUGUACUGACAGACUUAGGCAGCAACAACUCUCCUUCUGAGCCCCAGGAUUCAGACCUCACACUGUACCUGGUAAUAUCAGUGGCAGUGGUCUCCUGUGUCUUUCUAGGAUUUGUUACUGUGCUGUUGGCCCUCAGGCUUAGGCACUGGCACACGUCACGCCUGCUUCAGACUUCCGCAGGCAGAUUGGCCAGCAUGCCUACCUCUCAUUUUGUGGGCAUGGAUGGAGUACAGGCUUACCUGCAGACCUAUUCCCAUGAAAUCUCCCUCACUACAGACUCCAAAAAAAGCCACCUGAUCUUCCCCCAGCCCAAUUAUGCUGACAGGCUCAUUAGUGAAGAGAGCUGUGAAAAGAGUGAGCCGCUCCUGAUACCUGAUAAUAUACAGGCAAACAAAGGAGAGCCCGGAGCUGUUCAGGUUGGUUUCCUCUUUCACUAA